AUAAUCUGACAGCGUUAAAAUACAGCGAUCGAGUGUUAUUAUUUUGAAUAACUGUGAAAUUAUAAAAUGGAAACUGACGAUCAGGAUACCAACGAUGAUUAUUAUUUGGAAUUAUCGUCCGAUCCAAUUAAAUUCGAGUCUAUUAGUUCACUCACAAAUGUAUUCUUUGACGAUUCUAAACAACAGGUAUUUGCAGUUCGAUCAGGAGGUGUAACAGGUGUAUCGGUUAAGGGACCAAAUCAAAACAUAAAUUUUCGAAUGGAAGAUAAGGGUGCAGUAAUAUCUAUUAAAUUUUCUCCUGACAUGAAUAUACUUGCGAUACAACGUUCCAAUUCUUCUGUUGAGUUUGUCAAUUAUUCUCCUAUUGUUGGGCUCGAUAAUAUAGAAUAUUCUCAACCGUGUAAAGGAAAAAAUGCAAGUAUAUUGGGAUUCGUUUGGACACAUGGAAACGAAAUAUUACUUGUUACCGAUUAUGGUGUAGAAUUAUUUCAAGUAAAUCCAGAAAAAAGAACUGUUAGAGUUUUGAAAUGUUUAAGUUUAGGUAUAAAUUGGUUCGUAUUUUGUCCACAAAGUUAUUUAGUUUUAUUAUCGUCUGGCACAGUAGGGAAUCAAAUGCAAGCAUUGCACGUAACACCCGGAAAUCUUCAUAAAUUAACAAAAUUUGAAAUGGAAUCCGGUACAACAAAACCGGGUAAACUAGCAGUUUCAGAAAGAGACGUAGCUCUGGCAGUUUUAUACGGAACACCUUGUAUUAUUUUGCUACGCCAUCAGCCAGGCGCUAAUCGCUCUACAGGAUCUGCUUCUGUAUAUGUAUAUACUGUCCAUAAAAUGACAACAAUUAGAAGAAGUCAUAUUUUAAAGCUCGACGUCAGCGGCAGAUUUGCCAUUAACGUUGUAGAUAAUCUUAUAAUUGUUCAUCAUCAAGCUUCAAAGACAUCGAUGAUCUUUGAUAUCAUGUUACCGGGUGUGAGCGAUGGUACCGUGAUGCAUCAUACUAGCGUGGCACCCGCAAAACAGUUGAAACCGUAUAAUUUAAAAGUACCAGGAGCAACCUUAUCGAACGAGACUUAUCAACCUUGUCAAUUAUAUUCGCCAAAUUGGGUCGUUUUUCAGCCGAAUAUAAUCAUCGAUGCGAAGUUGGGUUGCUUGUGGUACGUCGAAUUGAAGUUGGAAGCUUUGGUAAAACUUAUUACGGACAAGAUAUUGUUGGUUGAAUUUUUAAUGCAACGAACAAAUGCAAAGCAUAUUUUAAUACAAGUGUUACAAAAUUUUAUAACACAAUUGCCUAUUAGUUUAAUGGACAUGCCGACGAUAUUUGACAAAUUGAAUUGCGUCUACAGAAAUUAUUUGGAAAGCGAAAUACAAAACCAGAUGGGAACACCUUUGCAGAACAACAUUAAAAAUACGAGUACAAUAACAGAAGACUAUAAAUAUAAACUGUUACUCAAUCAAAGUGACAUGUAUAGUUAUAUAUUAUCGAAAUUUCCUGAGAAUACAAUAGAUCCGAAAAUGAUCGUAUGGGUUCUUCUCGAGUAUAUCAGAUCGUUAGCCGAACAUGAAAUUCCCGUGCAACACUAUUUGCACGAAUUAGUUAUCACAACGUUGGUUCAACGAAAAGCAUACUAUCAGCUUCAUCAAUUACUACAGUAUCACGUAGUCGCGGAUUCGAAACCUUUGGCAUGUCUGUUGCUUUCUCUCGAGAAUUUGUAUCCCGCUGCGCAUCAGCUUGCUUUGGAUAUGCUUAAACGAUUGGGAAACGCUCACGAGGAAAUAAUCGAAGUUCUUCUCUCGAAAGGGCACAUUUUAGCAGCGUUGCGAUAUGUUCAAUCAGUUGGAAUGGCGGAUCAAGUAUCUGCCAGAAAGUUUUUGGAGGCAGCAAAAACAAGCGAAGACGCAACGUUAUUUCACUCGGUAUAUAAAUUUUUCGAACAGCGUAAUCUGCGACUGCACAACACUACGGCUUUCACAAAAGGAGAACAUUGUCAGCCGUACGUUCAACAUUUCAAAUAUUUAUUCCAAGGAACGGAUAACGGUUGUAAUUCGGAUACAAAUUCCAACGUAACAACGAUCUCGUCGUGAAACGUCAUCUUGUUGCUGUUAUUAUUGUUGGUAUCGUUUAUCGAACGAAAGUGCAUAAAGCGAUUUUACCAUAAAGCGAAAGAACGUUGAAUACAAUGAAAUAUUUAUUUAACCCGUUAUAAUUUCACUCGCAUAAUACGCCGGAGAAGUGAUAUUCGAUCGCGUUGGCGAAUUCGCGAUACUCGAACGAGUUGGUUGAACACAACCAACAGUGUUUAAACGGUGCAAUUUGGACAUUCAGAGGAUUGUCGUUAUCUUAAUACGAUGAAAUUUCGAUGGAUCGUUAAUUUAUUUUAAACGAUACGUUUUCACGCUUAUUUUUGUACAGAGCGAAUGCGAUUCGUUCGAAAGCGACAGAGCCUUCGCCGUAGCACGAAACGACAUUAAUAAAUAGUAUUGUAAUUUAUAAUAGAAAUUAUAAAUUCACAAUGAAAAUAGAAGGAAAGUAUUUUAAAAGUUGUACCUAAGGGAAGAAUCAUUUCGUUUCGUUUUAUAUUCGUGAAAGGAUAGAGUAAUCGUUCGACGAGAAUAUUGCCGAUCGAUUCGAAAUGAAGAAAAAUAUACGUGUACAUAUAUUGUUUUCA